AUGGUCUCAACCCUCGAAAAUAUGCCGACAACCAAAGUGCAAUUCUUUGCGAACGGCAUUCUGCACUCAAUUGACAUUCCCGGCACCCGUAACCCCCACGAAGUCGAGCGUCUUCAGGAGUACACCCAGAACACCACCUUCGGCACCACCAACCUCAUAGACAGCAAAAGUAAAGAGCUCAUCGCGUCCCUCCGCAGCUACUACCGCAUGUCUGAAAAGUUGGUCGGUGGUGUCUUUGAUGGGUUGUCUAGGCAAGAAGCCCUGUUUCUCAGAGAGCAGGGUUGGACAGAGGACAAGCAGUGGUUUGACGAGGAGCUGAGUGUCGAAGAGAUGGAACUCUUGUACGGACAGGGACUGUCGGGGGCCAUGGCCAUCUUUCCCGUGUCUAUUGCUGCUGCUGUCUCUAAUGCAGUGGGUGUAAUUGGAGAGGGUAGACCCUGCAGCCACGAUACUCGGCGGUCGGUACCCUCUUCUUCCUUGACCAAGGUGGUAACUCCAUUCACAUCCAGAUCUUCCUCGUCUGCUGCAUGGUCAGUCGAGUUUGCAUGGUCAGCCAUGACUCCGCCAUCUCGCAAGGUCUCCGACCCCCCUGCCCCUUGCAAAACUGGUGCAGGCUUCCACACCCGACGAUGUCGAGAGCACCGUGGUAUCAUCUUCCAAGCUCGGCCCGACGCGUCAACCUCUUAUGAGAUUCUACAGGGGAGAUGA